AUGCGCAUCGCUGCCGCCGAGCCCGAGCCCGACGGCGAGAAUGCAUCGACUGUCGUCCACGUGCUCCACUCGGCGAGAGCGCUCGCGGGCGCAGCGACCCGCAUUCAAGCGUGGUAUCAACUCUUCCGGCGACGAACCUCGUUUGCGGUCGUGCGGGAAAAGUACCUCCAACUGCUCGCAACGAUCGGAGACGACCAUGUCGGCGUCCUGCGCAAGUGGUAUUGCAUCUACCUGCAGUGCCGCCGGCCGCAAGCACGGCGCGCAUCGACUGCCCACGCAGCGUCCUGGGAGGUCGUGUCGGUCGCGACGAUGCGCCGCACGCUGCAGCCGCUACCGCCCAACGCGUCCGAAGAGGUCCUCUAUGCGUUCUUGGAGGCGCUACCGUCACGAUGGCUGGUCGUUGACUGGACGCACCUCGACGACAUGGCCAGACACGGCGGGGAGGAGGAGGACGACGACGACAACGACGACGACGAGAUGCGGCCGCAGGACACGCUGCUCCACAUCGUGGUGCGGCGGUGCAGCAACGUAUCGCGUGCCUGCUUGGAUCUCUUCCAGCACAACGAUAGCACGAGUCUUCAGCACUUGGGUGCGCACGACCAAAGCAUCGUACAUGCCGCCGCCGAAGGCGGGCAUCUGCGGACGCUGCAGGCCCUUCUCGUGGCCGGCGGCGACAUGCGCGCGACCGACAUCGUGGGCGCGACGCCGCUCCACCUCGCUGCUGCCAACGGGCACGUGGCCAUUGUGCAGUACCUCGCCGAGAUGAUGCACAUGCCUUUGGACGUCACGACCCAGAGCGGCGAGACCCCGUUGCAUUUCGCAGCCACGCACAACCACACGUCGGUCGUCGGCUACCUACUGUCGCAAAAGUGCAAUCUGAACGCUGUGACGACGACGCAGUUUUGCUCGUCGCUGCAUUACGCCGCUGCGCGGGGCCACCUCGACGUCGUCAAGCAGCUCGUCAUGGCGCAUGCAGACGUUCUGCCCAACGCCGUGGGCAACACGAUCCUGCACGUCGCCGCGGAAACGAACGACACGGCCAUUUUAGCCUACUUGAGCUCGCUGCCGGCCAUGGUACACUUUGCGACAGCCGCCAACAACCGAGGGUACUCGCCACUGCACGUCGCCGCCGUGCAUGGCGCCAAGGACGCCUACGUGCUGCUGAAUCGCAACCCGUGGCGCAGCAAGCCGCCACUGGGCCUCAUCACCGACUACGAAGGGCUCUUCCCGUUUGCGCUCUUGGUGCAAUCCGACGGCAUCACGACAGAAGAUGCUGUUGGACUCUACCUGCCACGUCACGCAGGCUCGGACGACGUGCCCAUGUGGCAUGCAUGCGUCUUCCAGCAAGUGCUGCACACCGCACCCGACUUUGCGUGGGCCGUCUUGGAUGCCUACGCUAUCGCGGCGACCAACCACGUGGGCGCUCCGGCGCUCACCAUGCCCAAGUUGGACGAGAUGUACGGCGCCGAUAUCGAGUCGUCUCUUCUCGGUAUGGUUCUCGACUGCGUCGAUGACGCAUCCAAGAGCCAUCGGUCCGUGCUGCUGCGGCUAUUGCAACACCCGAUUCCAUCGCGCAUUUUGCGCGUCAAGUGGAAGUCGUUUGGUCGACGCAUCUACUACAUGCAGCUCUUUGGCGCAGCCUUGUUGCUGGCGACGCUAACGAUUGGCAUCGCGAUGGCCCGGCCCGCGCCCCGAACCCCCACGACGUCGGCCAACGCGACGCAGCCGGCCGCGACGUUUUACUUGUCGUUGUUUCUCUGGAUCGAUUUCGUGCUCGUGUCGAUCGCCGGGAUGCUCAUCAGCUACGCGUACGAGCGCGUGCUGCAGUACGUGCGCCACGGCGUGAUUCGGUUCCUGCGCGUGACCAAGGCGGCGGUGACCUCGCCCCGCUUCUUUGCCACGUCGCGGCACUUGGAAACAAAAGGACCCAAGAAAGGCGGGUACGUCCGCCGCCGGCUCAAGGAGCUGCUGCUGCGGCACUGCGUUUCGCCCACGACGCCGUCGACCGCGCUUGUCAACAACGUACUCGCGAUUGGCUUGCUUACGGUCACGACGAGCAUCGCUGGAUGGCUCACGCUCUGCGUGCUCUUUGGCCUCGGCAGCGCCACGGACGCGUCGCCGCGCACGACUUUUCUGUCUCUCAACCUCGCUGUUCAGUGGCUAGCAACGCUGUACAUGCUGGCGUGGGAAGCCCUCGAGUGGUACGGCGCGCCACGUCGGUACGCGACCUCGAUCUGGAACUUUGUCCAGGUCGUUGUGUUCUGCACCUUGUUGCUGCUGCCGUUGAGUGCCGCCUCGGACGAGACGCAUGGCACGCUGCUCGCGCCGCUGGUUUUGCUCUCGUACCUGAACUUCCUCGAGCUCCUUCGCUUUCAUGACUGGACGGGCCCCAUGAUCUCGAUGGUCCACUACAUGCUGCGGGACGUGCGCAAUUUCCUGGUCUUGUACGCGGUGUUCCAAAUGGGCUUGACGUGUGCGUACUAUGCCUUGCUGCAAGGCCAACUCGGCUUCGCAACCUUCUCCGAGGCGUUCGUGUCGACGUACCUCAUCAUGUUUGGGCUCGGGAACGCCGAUGUGAUGCUACGCUCAGCGCCCUAUCCCCAGCAGUAUGUGCUCACGGUGUGCUUCAUGCUCCAUUUUCUUGUGGUGGUCAUUGUGCUACUCAACGCACUCAUUGCGACCAUGACCAAAUCCACGGACGCCAUCUUGGAUCAGGUCCAGGACCAAGUCGCUUGCAACCGCGCCCGCACGAUUCUUCGCGCCGAAGUCACGGUGCCCCAUCGCAUUCGCACGUCGCUCUGGAACCGACUGAAAGCGCGCGUGACGAAGCGCGGCGACUCGUACUUGUUCAAGCCAACGACCGUGCCCAAAACCGCGGUCGAAGCGACCGAAGACCCAGGCAACAAGGACGACAGCGCGGCCAUGCAAGCGCUGGAAACCCGCCUCGUGCAAUGCGUCGACACGAUCGAGAGCCUCCGACGCGCGCAAGAGGACAUGGAAGCUCGCCUUCUCGCCGAGUCGGCCAAGACCCAAGACGCCCUCGCUGCGCUCACAGCGCUCCUUGCCCAACCACGUGCUCGAAAACUCAAGCUCACGGAUGUCGAAGCGCGGUAG